UCUGAGCUUCGUUUGUUCCUCAGAGCUGCAGAUGCCCUGUGUGACUCCAGAAGUGGUUAGAAGGAUCAAGCAUGGCUAUCUCCAUUUGCAGCUGAGGUGGCCAAGAGAUAAGAGUUGCUUAAGACGUAGUUAGCCAACAACAAAACGGGGUUUCCACACAGAGCUCAGUCUCCGAGCGCGACCAUUCACUUACUACAGGAAAACGAAAUUCUUGACAUUUUGGUUUAUCUGUUAACUUCAAAGAAGUUUUUAAGCUAUCAAUCACAAUGGAUGCUUUGUACACAACCUUGAACCUACAGCACUUCGCACAGAACGGGGCAUCAGUUAGACAAACUACUGGGCAGGGCAGGUCUGGGCACCAGGAAGAGCUGGUGCCCCUGCCCUGUGCACAAGAAGAACGAAAGGUGGAAGGGAGAUCAAAGCAGAGUGAGAGAGAAGCCACCUCUUGGACCACAAUGAAGCCCCUCCUUGUACUGCUGCUGCUGCUGCUGCUUCUGGACCUGGCUCAGGCCCAAGGAGUUCUGCACAGAGUGCCCCUCAGAAGACAUCAGUCCCUCCGGAAGAAACUACGGGCCCAAGGACAGCUCUCGGAGUUCUGGAGGUCUCAUAACUUGGACAUGAUCCGAUUCAGCGAGUCCUGUAACGUGGAUCAGAGUACCAAUGAGCCCCUCAUCAACUACCUGGAUAUGGAAUACUUUGGCACUAUCUCCAUCGGCUCCCCACCACAGAACUUCACCGUCAUCUUUGACACUGGCUCAUCCAACCUCUGGGUCCCUUCUGUGUACUGCACCAGCCCCGCAUGCAAGGCACACCCGGUGUUCCACCCAUCGCAGUCCAGCACAUACACGGAGGUAGGGAAUCAUUUCUCCAUCCAGUAUGGUACCGGGAGCCUGACAGGAAUCAUCGGAGCUGACCAAGUCUCUGUGGAAGGGCUGACUGUGGAUGGCCAGCAGUUUGGAGAAAGUGUCAAAGAGCCUGGCCAGACCUUUGUGAAUGCAGAAUUUGAUGGGAUUCUGGGCCUGGGGUACCCCUCACUGGCUGUUGGAGGAGUGACCCCGGUGUUUGACAACAUGAUGGCCCAGAACCUUGUGGCUCUACCUAUGUUUUCUGUCUACUUGAGCAGUGACCCACAAGGUGGCUCAAGUAGUGAGCUGACUUUUGGAGGCUAUGACCCCUCUCAUUUCUCUGGGAGUCUCAGCUGGAUCCCAGUCACCAAGCAAGGCUACUGGCAGAUUGCCCUGGAUGGAAUCCAGGUGGGUGACACUGUGAUGUUCUGCUCCGAGGGAUGCCAGGCCAUAGUGGACACAGGGACCUCCCUCAUCACUGGCCCCUCCAACAAGAUCAAGCAGCUUCAAGAGGCCAUUGGGGCCACACCCAUGGAUGGAGAAUAUGCGGUGGAUUGUGCCACUCUCGACACGAUGCCAAACGUUGCCUUCCUUAUCAACGGGGUUUCAUACACCCUCAGCCCAACUGCCUACAUCCUGCCGGACUUGGUGGAUGGAAUGCAGUUCUGCGGCAGUGGCUUUCAAGGACUUGACAUUCCACCUCCAGCUGGACCCCUCUGGAUCCUGGGGGACGUCUUCAUCCGACAGUUUUACUCAGUCUUUGAUCGUGGAAAUAACCAAGUGGGAUUGGCCCCCGCAGUCCCCUAAAGAGGGGUGCAUGCCUACAUAUGAAUGCCUGAUACCUAUUUAACCUGUUAGAUACCUUUGCAACUAUCAAAACUGUCAUUUCCCAUGGGAUGAGGCCAUCCCAGAGUACUUAGACCAAACAAAGCACGAGAGCAGACACAGCCUCCGCUCACCGCACACACACCACCUCCACCAUGAUGGAAGAAGUUCUGUCCAUAAUCUUCAUUGCUUGUUGUUGACUUCCUGUUAUGGAUAUCUCUAAACAUAUACACAGUAGAUGUGAUGGCAUGAUAAAUCCCCACACAUCUCUACCUCAUGUCACAACCCAUUCACAUGCGGCCCAGCCCCUCCAUCUUCCGUCCCUCUGGUUCCACACCUCUAGAUUUGGAAGCAAAUUCUAAGCACCGUGUGAUUUUAUCUAAUGUCUAUUAUUCUUAAAAAUCAGAAUUUAAAUAUGUUUCACCCUCUCAUAAAUGUGGACCUGUUUUUACAGUUGGUUUAUUUGUAUCAGGAUUCAAACCAGAUCUAUAACUGGACAAAAAAAAAAACAUAAAUUGAAUUGAUUCAAAA